AUGUCAACCUCAACCUCAAAGCCGACCUCUCCCAAUGCCCUACCCUACUUCUCAACGCGUGCCUUCGCCCUGCACGCGAUCCCCAUCUCUUAUGCCCUCGCCUACCCACCGCACCUCUAUUUCUUCACCAAACUUAUGAGCGCAACGGGCUGGAAGGCCACUAAUAUGACGCCGCGCUCAAAUCUGUCCGCCCUGAGCGCCAGCCUGCCAAAAGCAACGACAGACAUGCUCUGGCGGGCACGGGGAUGCCAUCUCAAUGCUUUCGAAGGGUUCCCGCUGUUUGCGGCGGCGAUGCUAGCAGGAACAUACACGAAUGUCGACGCGCGGGAACUCAACGUCUGUGCGGCAGAGUAUCUCGCGGCCAGAGUGGUUUACAGCGUGCUGUACAUGACCGUCAAGAGCGAGAAGGCGAGCUAUUUGCGCUCAGCCGUGUAUUUCUACAGCGUGGGCGUCCCAUUCUACGUAUUGUGGAAGGCUGGAUGGAAGAUGGCUGCAACGGAAAAGCGGGAACUGUAG